ACUAUAAGAUGGUCAAUGAGUCAGGCUUCUUAGGGGACUUUACACGGCAUGAUGUGGUCGACAUGCCCAAGGAUGCCCUAGGACUGCUCCACAUCCCUCUCAUGGUGCAGCUCUGCAGCUUUUGGACCGAUCUGGAUUACGAGCUCCAGGUCCGUGAGAGGUCAUUCGCCGUCUCGUUCACGAUGAGUCUCUAUCAACAGCCAUCAUGGAAGAAGCAUACCACGACGGCGGCGGAAGAUCAAAGGCAAGAUCUCCCACAGACGCUAAGCUUCCUUAUCCUCCCCGUCGUCUUCUGGGAACUCUAUGAUGGAAAAUCCCUUGCUGAACAACUGAAGCUCAGUGCGGAAGGCACGCUCGCGUUGAGUGAGGUGGCGCCAGGUGGUGGCAGCAACGUUUCCGUGGAGAUUGGUAAGCUUGCUUAUAGUGGAGACAUCAGCCUGGCUUGCCCAUACUACGGUUCCUUUACACCUCUGGGAGUCAAUGUUGCCAUCAUCGAGCCUGCUGCUGCUACGGCCAGCUAGACGGUGUGGAUUGAGUACCUCAGCUCCAAGCACAGCUUAUCAGUCUACGUCUGCGCCGGCAAAGACAGCCCACGACCGAAGAUACCCAUCGCCGUGAAGGAGGACGUCAGAUUUGCUGACGGGGCUUACUCCUCCGCCAGCUUUGCCUUGUUCUCCUUGGUUGGGCAACUCCUGCAGGUCCAUGCCUGGAAUUCCACGGUAGUCAGACACCAACUUGCUCUUACGGAUGGAGAGAGUGUAACCGUGUCCAUAUUCAUCGGCAUGGUAAUUGCCUCGAUGGCCACGGCAGCCGGUGUGUUUGUGGUAUGCACCUUCAGGUCCAUUCGGCGAAGGUGGAAGGAGGAGCGGGAUGAGUUCGCCAGAACCAUGCAGCGCCUCCCGGGGGUGCCAAUACAGAUAGAGUUUGCCGACAUCAGAAUGGCCACCAACAACUUCCACGACACCGCCAAGUUGGGGAAAGGCGGAUUUGGCUCCGUCUACGGAUGCACGCUUCCAGCCACUGCAACCAGGACGGAACAAGCCAUGGAGGUGGCCGUCAAGAAGUUCACGGGGGAAGUUAAGGAACGACGCUACGAGGACUUCCUAGCGGAAGUCAGCAUCAUCAACCGUCUGCGCCACAAGAACAUCGUCCCACUCGUCGGCUGGUCAUACAACAAGGGAGAUCCUCUACUUAUCUACGAGUACAUGACAUACGGUAGCCUGGAUCAACAUCUCUUCCGGGGAGGCGGCAAUGGUGAUCAGCGGUUACAACAGGAGGACGCAUCGUCUAUUCGGCAAUGGCACAGCCGCUACAGCAUUGCAAGAGACAUAGCAACCGGCCUGCACUAUGUUCAUCAUGAGCACGAGCCAAUGGUGCUGCACCGUGAUAUAAAAGCGAGCAACAUUAUGCUGGAUUCCAACUUCCACGCCCGUCUAGGUGACUUUGGUAUUGCCUGCACGGUAGCUGCGGAUAGGAGCUCCGUCACCGGCAUCGCUGGCACCUGGGGGUACAUAUCGCCGGAGUACGCGAUGAGCCGUAGGGCGACACGCCAAACUGACAUCUACGCAUUUGGGGUUCUCAUUCUCGAGGUGGUGACGGGCAAGAAGAACAGGGACGUGCCACCAGACGACGGCCACAUCUCCGAUUGGGUCUGGCGUCUCCAUGGGGAAGGGAGGCUGCUCGAUGCUGUGGACGAUCACCAGCAGGCCGUUGUUGUAGAUGAGGCAGAACGCCUACUGCUCCUUGGCUUGGCGUGCACUAACCCCGACCCGACCAACCGUCCUAGCAUGGCUGUGGCUGUGCAGGUCAUCAGCAAGUUGGCGCCGCCGCCGGACGUGCCUCCUGAGAGGCCAGCGUUCGUGUGGCCGCCCAAAGAGUGGCGUUCACUAGACUCUGAUUAUUGCACAACAGAGAGCAAUCUGGGGGGGAUCUCGACCAGCACGGUCGAGCUGGUGCAGAUCAUGCAGGACCAGCCGCCGCCGGAGACACAGAGCAGCAGCACAAGGUUCUUCAGCGUGUGACUCCCCGUUGGCUCAGGAUCGCUAUCUUUUUCUUUGAUUCAACUGAGUACCUAGUUAUCUUGGUCAUCCAGAAGUUAAUUCUGGUUUGGACUAUGGACCUCCACAUAUAUCUGUUAUUCGUUGUAUACGAAAUUUCGUGC